AUGAUUGAGCCCGCCGUCAAGGGAACUACCAAUGUGCUUGAAGCUUCUCUUGAAGCUAAAGUGGAACGAGUCGUCUAUGUGUCAUCUGUAGCCGCUGCUUUCAUGAACCCAAAUUUUCCAAAUGACAAAGUGAUUGAUGAAUCUUGUUGGUCUGAUAAAGACUAUUGCAGAAAAUCCAAUAACUGGUAUUGCUUCUCCAAGACAGAGGCUGAAGAGCAGGCCCUAGACUUUGCGAAAAGAACCGGGCUUGAUGUGGUGAGCAUUUGUCCUACCCUUGUGCUUGGACCCAUUUUAAGGUCAUCUAUUGUGAAUGCAAGUAGCUUGGUUCUCCUCAAGAUUUUGAAAGGUGCUUAA